GGACCAGGACCUCUGCCAUCCAGAGCCACAAAGAGACAUUCUGCACGCACGCACGCACACACACCACACACAUGCGCACACACACUCACCCAGAGACCAACUUAAGGUGAGGGGCAAGAGCUCCAGCUUCACUUGAUCUGCAGGUUGCAGCUCCAGCAGGACUCAAGGACAUCCCAGCUUCUGGAUUUCAGGACAAGUGAGGAAGAUUCUCUGGGCGAGAAAGAUGAAGAGCCUCCUUCUUCUGGUGCUGAUCUCGCUGUGCUGGGCUGACCAUGGUUUGGACAACUACACUCAGAAUCAUGACAGAGUGAUUCACAUCCAAGCAGAAAAUGGCCCUCGUCUACGCGUGGAAGCAGAACAAGCCAAAGUGUUCUCCCACAGAGGUGGCAAUGUCACACUGCCGUGCACAUUUUACCGAGACCCUAGAGCAUUUGGCUCAGGAACCCACAGAAUCCGAAUCAAGUGGACCAAGCUAACUUCAGAUUACCUCAAGGAAGAAGACGUCUUUGUGUCCAUGGGAUACCACAGGAGAACCUAUGGGCACUAUCAGGGAAGAGUGUUUUUGAAGCAAAGCAGUGACAAUGAUGCUUCUCUGGUGAUCACAGACCUGACGCUGGAGGACUAUGGGAGAUAUAAGUGUGAAGUGAUUGAAGGAUUAGAAGAUAAUACUGCUGUGGUAGCUUUGGAGUUACAAGGUGUGGUGUUCCCUUACUUUCCUCGGUUGGGGCGCUAUAAUCUCAAUUUCCACGAGGCACAGCAAGCUUGUCUGGACCAGGAUGCUGUGAUUGCUUCCUUCGAUCAGCUGUACAGCGCCUGGAGGGGCGGCCUGGACUGGUGCAAUGCCGGCUGGCUCAGCGACGGGUCUGUGCAGUACCCCAUCACCAAGCCCAGAGAGCCCUGCGGAGGCCAGAACACGGUGCCUGGCGUCCGGAACUACGGGUUCUGGGAUAAGGAUAAAAGCAGAUACGAUGUCUUCUGUUUUACAUCCAACUUCUAUGGCCGUUUUUACUACCUGAUCCACCCCACCAAGCUGACCUACGAUGAAGCGGUGCAAGCUUGUCUCAACGACGGUGCUCAGAUUGCGAAAGUGGGCCAGAUCUUUGCCGCCUGGAAACUCCUUGGCUUUGACCGCUGCGACGCCGGCUGGCUGGCGGACGGCAGCGUCCGCUACCCCAUCUCCAGGCCCAGAAGGCGCUGCAGUCCCAGCGAGGCCGCGGUGCGCUUCGUGGGCUUCCCAGAUAAAAAGCAUAAGUUGUAUGGUGUUUACUGCUUUAGAGCAUACAACUGAGUGUGCUUCUAGAAGCAAGUCCAUUUUGA